CUGCCGCGAGCGACUGGCGCGCGUGCGCGGGGAGAGGGGGAGGAGGCCAAGCUGCAGCAACGGAGCACGAUGGACGCGCAGAAACUCCGCGAUCUCAGCGCCUUCGUGCAGCACUGCAAAAGCAGCCCGACCGUGCUGCACAUGGGCGAGCUGCGCUUCUUCAAGGAGUGGCUGGAGAGUAUGGGAGCAACUGUACCUCCUCCAGCAGAACACCCGAAAUUCCCGGAUGCACCAAAGAAAACAAAUACAGAAGCGAAGGAACCGCCAGUUUCAUCUCCAGAGCAAGCUUCAGAAAGCCAGGAGAGUGAACUUGAGAUUGACGAUGAAGGUGUGAUUGAGGGAGAUCCUGAAGAACCUAUUGAAAUGGGAGAUGACAGUAUUGAGGUGACUGAGGAAUUAAUGGAUCAGGCAAAUGAGAAGAAAGCCGAAGCCAUCAAUGCUUUGGGAGAAGGGGAUCUUGAAAAGGCACUUGAACACUUCACAGAAGCCAUUAAGUUGAACCCACGCCUGGCCAUUCUUUAUGCUAAGCGAGCCAGCGUGUAUGUGAAAAUGCAGAAGCCCAACGCAGCCAUUCGGGACUGUGACAAAGCAAUCAGCAUCAACCCUGAUUCAGCGCAGCCUUACAAGUGGAGGGGAAAAGCACACAGGCUACUUGGUCACUGGGAGAAAGCAGCGCUGGAUUUGGCAAUGGCCUGUAAAUUGGAUUACGAUGAUGAUACUAGUGCCCUGCUGAAGGAGGUACAACCUCGAGCUCAAAAAAUAAUGGAGCACAGAAGAAAAUACGAAAGGAAAUCUGAAGAGAAAGCUCUCAAGGAGAGAAUGGAGCGUGGAAAAAAAGCAAAGGAGGAGCAUGAGAAAGCGCGCAAAGAGGAGGAGACUCGUCGUGCAGGAGCCACGGGCUUUGGUGGUUUCCCAGGUGCACCUGGUGGUUUUCCGGGAGGAAUGCCCGGAAUGGGAGGAAUGCCCGGAAUGGGGGGAAUGCCUGGAAUGGGGGGAAUGCCUGGCCUGAAUGAUCUACUUGGUGAUCCAGAGGUGCUGGCAGCGAUGCAGGAUCCUGAGAUAAUGGCGGCAUUCCAAGACGUGGCCCAGAACCCAGCCAACAUCUCAAAAUAUCAGAACAACCCGAAAGUGAUGAACUUCGUUGGAAAGCUUUCAACUAAGUUUGGUGCCAAACCUUGAAGGGCAGAAUAUUCCGACUAACAUCCUCACUACAACCCUUGCACCCUGCCACUGUGCACUACCCGUGUAUCUACAAACCUCCUUCAGAGUAGUAGUCAGACUAUUUUUUAGUCUCUUUUUAUUACAAAUUGAUUUUAUUUUGGGUGGGGAAAAUUAAAGAGUCUAAGGAAAAAGUGCUCUUGCGCAGAAAAUCUUGUGCUACUUAUUGUCUGCAGUGGCCCAGAUCUGUAAACAGGGGCAUUUGUGUUUUUAUUUUUUGUUCCUAUUUUAGCACAACGAUUAAUGCUAAAAAAUAAAUGGAUUAAAAUUGCAGAGCAGAAAA